AUGGCCUGCCAAGCUCGGCGCAACUGGGAGUCUCUCUCCCUUGGGCCACGGGUCAUGUGCGUGGCUGCGUUGACGCGCACUCCGGAGGGCGACGCGGCGCCUGCACGCAUGGGACCCUCCCAUCCGAUGUCGACCUUUGACGACUUGGUUUACCAAGCCAUUACACUACCGCAGCACAUGCGCGAGCGUCCGAGCUUGACCGCCAGCGCCGUGUCUCUGAACCGCCAUGACACGACGACGCCAUCGGGCGCAGCUGGUACCUGGGACAGCGUUGCUGGCCCGACUUCUCGUUACCUCAUAUCGAAUGUGCGGCGUGGACUAGAACUGGUGCCACUGAGGAGCCCCGGAGCCGCCAAGAGCCGCGUCUCGUGCAGGCGGCGCCCUGCCCAUGGGGCCGGCCGUCGACGGUGCUGCUGGUGA